AUGGCGUCAGCGCCUAAAAAAUCAAAAAUUGACGUUGAAGCAAAAGUCAUAGAGAAAAUAAGGAACAAUGAUGGCGUUUGGGCAAAAUGCACGCAUCCUCCAGUGGUCGAAUCUAAAUGUGGACACAACAAACCAAAACCAUUUUUUAAUGUCCGAAAAAAAGAAUGCUUGUACUACAGACGUGAUUGGGAAAACCACGUCAAAAACUGCCGAGAAGUUCCGACAAUAUCAAUCCAAGACAAGGUGGCCAACAGAAAUUGCUACUCUUCUAAACAAUUGGAUGUGAUAACGACUCAGCAGGCGCUUUUGACGGCUGUUACCUCUGCAACCCUUGAUUUUUGGUCAAAAUCCGAAUUACUACCAUUGUACAAGGCAGUAAUUUGCCCUCUUGGAGGUACCGAGGCAUCAGCAGAAGCCUUGAUUACUGAUGCGAGAUGGAUCGGACGCAAGCUCGACGAGUUAAACAGUGAGCUAGAAGCUCUAUUUAUAAAGAAAGCCCCGAUACUCGCGAGAAAUGGCCAACUUACGUGCUUAAUCGACCAUCAAGUUCAAAAUCGUGGACCAAAAGAAGAGUGUGGAAAGUAUUUGGGGAUAAUGAUUGUUAUUCUCGAUAUUCUGAAAUAUGAGAAGAUACCUUUGAUGAUCGGCUUUGAGCCCAUUGAAACAAGCGCAAGUUUGGAAAAUCUAGAUCCUGUUCGUAGAAUUCUCGAGGUAAAUUAUUUUUAA